AUGUCUCUCGAACAACAACCCAAGUCCCUUCGUCGACGGAGCCUCAACAUUCUUCUCCAAGUUCCCAUUCUCUCCCGUUCCCAUGCACCAUCAACGAUAUCAGCACCUCAAGUCAUUGGCACGCUCCCUGCCGACAUCAUCCUCGAGAUUGCAAACCUGUUAUGGAGAGACGAUCUGCUCAAUCUGAGCUUGACUGUACUCGUCUUAUCUGCGCGCUUUCUCAUGCCGGCGCUGUAUGAUACCGUCGUUCUCACCUCCAGCAGGACGUGUCGCAAGACACUCAAGAUGCUACAACAGCGUCCUGAGAUCUGUCGGUAUAUCCACAAGCUCGCGGUACGGCCGAAUUACUACCUUGCGUGGCCAAAGGCAGAUGAAAGGAUGGAUGAAGAUUGGGUUGCGAGCACGGUGGAGAGUAUUGCGCAGUCGCUCACGACGAUGCACACGUUUGACUGGGACGGGCUGGAGAUGCCGAAGGAUUCCCUCUGGCAGACGUUGCGGCUUUCGUGUCCACAGUUACGGACAGUAUACAGCAACGUCGGACAUCUACCCUUGGACCCGGAAAGCGAGCUCUUCUCAUUCAGGAAUCUAAAGAGCUUUUCUUUGACUGUUCGACACGGUUUAGGCGGAUCGGAGCUGUUCCCUUCGAUGGAAGCGCUUCCUGAGAGAAUGUGGGACAUGCUGUUGAACCAUACCCCGGAUCUCGAAGAGCUCUCGCUCUGUAGCUUUUCGACCUCCGCGCGCCUAUUUGAUCUCACUCCCGUAACGACGGGUAACUGGCCCAAGCUCGCAACCCUUACACUCGGUUCGUUUGGGUACCAAGAUGACUUUACCCUCAGCCCACCAAACGACAUUGCGUUUGGGAAUUUCCUUUCCAACCACUCCACGUUGAACUACAUCCGUUUUGCGUGGAACUUCAAACAGUGGCUCUCCCCGGAUAGCGUACCGACGUUCCUUGGGUCCGAUGCCCUGCCAAAGCUGGCGACGUACAUCGGGAUCUACCAACAGCUAGCAGAACUCCCUCAUCCUGAGAGCAUCACAUCCCUCGAUCUCACCUGCGAGCCGCUCUAUGACUCGCGGAUGGGCCUGAUCUGCCCGAUCCUACGAACGCUCACCUCUCUGACCUCCCUCGACAUAUGGAUGCACAUCCCCGACGACGCGCCUUCCUCCGAUUGCGAAUUUGUGCGGCCCAUCCUGCUCUCGUGCCCCAAGCUAACGGAGUUUCAUUUCAUGUGCACUACGGCAUUCCGGGUGAGGCAUCUCUCCGCGAUACUGGGCUUGCUUCCCGCGUUAAAGACAUUCUCGGUGACAAAGGGACACCGGUAUGGGGAGAGGGAGAAGAUGAGAGAUACGGCUGUUGGUGUGGUGAGGCAUAAUCCUGGGUUGAGUCAGGUUAAUGUGAGGUGGGCGAGGGAGAGGUGUAGGAAUCAUUUGAAGCAGGAGGGGACUUAUGAUGUUAUUAAAGGGACGGAGGGGGGACAGGUGGAGCGGUUGGGGGUGUAUGAGCGGGGUGUUACGGCUUGGGGGGCGAUUUUCAAGAGGAGGUAUGUGUAUGAGGUGAAGGAGCCGAGGAAUGUGGGGAUUGGGUCUAUAGUGCAGGCGGUGAAUCGGAAGUGA